CAACGUGAACGCUCGGUUGGUCAAUUACUGCGUGAGAUAAAAUCGUUCGGAAUUACUACUUUUGCCAUUAGAAUGUCCAUUACUAUCUCGUACAUCGAAGGGGAGGGAUCCUUCCUUCCUGCCUCGUUUUCAUAAUGGUAUAUGGUGUUGGUUCGCAGUGAACAUAAUUAACUAGUAGUUGGUUUAAAUGGAGCAACGAAUAUCGACUCGGAGCGAGUCACGUAUUGGACGAGUCCAGCUUCGCGUCUCGUGCGUUUUGACGGGUGUCGUCGAAAGAAGUACGGUCUUCCAAAAGGACUCUUCCGCGAUCGUCCAAUUCUGAACGAUUGAUUUUAUGCUUUUUUAAUCUUCUUUAAUCGUUGCACCUCAACACACCGAUUAUACAGCACUCAAUAGCAGCCACAAAAACCAACGAAGUCUACGAUUUCUCUGGCCACGGCGCGCUGUGACAUGUUUCUGAGACAGUAUCCUCCACGGUGGCUUGCAGAGGCGAGCAGCAGGGGACUGAACGGGGUGUGACGGAACGACCACAGCCUUUCUCUCACGAUGUUUUAUAAUUAGCCUGAGCGAGGCGCGAGAUAGUUGCGCAAUUUGUUUCACGAAAACCGCCAGACCACAGCUGUCAGCUGAUUCGUGCGACGCAGUACUCAGUAAAGCGCAGUGUUCCGUGGACCACGCAUCGGGCUGCGAUCGACGCGCGGCAUGGAGUACAUCAAUAGGCUUCUGCAUCGUGCCACCGGGAGUCCAAGAAAUUCUCCUUCGCCCACGCAGACGAGCGGCAACGACAGUCCAGCGCCAGCAAAGACAGCUGAGCAUGAGGUCAAGGUUCGUUUCGCCCGCGAAUUCGCCGACGUAGGAGCGGUCACGGAGAAUCACUCCACCCCGGAGAGCCUCUCGUCGGCCAGCAGCUUCCGCAGUCUCAGCAGCACUCUCAGCAUCAAGAGCAGCAGCGGCAUAUGCGCCGACUCGACGCCCGACACGCCGGAUGACGCGGACAGGUCCUACGUGAAUUCCGACAUACCCGGCGUCGAGGAACUGAUCUUUGCGUGCGCUGACAUCCAUCUGGGAAGCGACAGUCAGGAUCUCAGUCAGGAUCAGACGUUCGCGUCGGCCAUAGACGAGACAUCGUUUCACGCGAGCGAUUGCUCCGUCGACGAGAGCUUGGACAAUGAUGAGACGCGAGUGACUGCGACGAAGUUUCAGUUAAACCAGACGACCGCGUACGCAUCGUUGAACGAGACAUGUACUUUUGCAGCGUCCGGUAACGCGGCACCUGUCGAAGAUACGCAAUCGGCGAGUCCUUCCGCGGAAGGUUUGGACGCACCACGGGUGGAAGAAUCGAUCGAGGAGCCUGUUCCGUUACAGGACGGUGAUAGCGUAGCGAGUGAACCGGAAACGUGCGACGUCGAGAGUAACGUUGUAGAGGAUUCACCGCCGACGAGUGACCAAGUGAACGAUAGUCAGUCGAACGCCAUCAAAGUUUCGCCCGACAAUUCGAUCUCUGAUGAUGCGUCCGCGGUGCUCAGUGAGGAACAGACGGUAGAGAGCUAUCGCACUGCUGAGACACUAUCUCUGGAAAUCCCUCCCAGUCCUACCAAGAUCUCCGUUCCGUCCAUACCUCCGUUAGAGCAGCACACGGAAGACUCCUCUUUACCUGGCAUAUCCAGUGUACCGUCGUUCGAAGAUACCGAUAGCAAGGGGGCGGAGAAUAUCGUUAAUGACGUACCAGAGCCUGCAAGAGGCGCGUCACCGACGUUGUUAUCAACCUCCGACGACGCGGAUAAAGAAGCAUUCGCGUUACAUGUAAAUAGCCCCGUCAUCGAGGCAGAAACGAACGAAAGUAUCGAGACGCACGAUCUGCUUCGAUUAGAUAAUUGCGCUGUCGCGGAUAAUGAAGCGAGUAGCACGCAGCUACUGAACAGGACCAGUAUUAUAGAACGAGAGGUGUCAGAAAUCCAGGAGAGCUUGGAGAAGAACGUCGAUAAACGGGACGCAGAAACGAGGAAUGUUACGGUAUCGAUCGAAGCACCGACCUUUUUACCUAAAGACGACAUUGCCAUAUGUGAUAAGACACGUGUUUUAGAAGAGCGGUGUAACCCGACGGAAACGGUACUUACAGAAAGCGCGAGUGCGGCAGGUGCCGUCAAGAAGAAGGAGUCUUCUUUCGAAGAGCUCGACCGUACGCUCACGUUACAAGAGAUAGAAGACAUCAAUCUCACGCCAGAUGAGGAGGAGCACUAUGAAGAAUUCAAGCCCCAACGACAGAGCACCACGUUGUCGUCUCUGAUCAAGAAGCAGCCAGAUUUCGAACAAUUCAGAUCCACGGCGGAACAAGUCACUAAUGAGCUACUCAACUCCUCAACGGACCUCGCGGAAGAGCAGUUUGUCAGUGCGACAUCCGAAAUUUUCCAAGACCCAUCGACGUUCGACUUCUUGCUAGCGCGAAGUAAUUCCGCGCACGCGAAUAUAAAUCGCCUUCGAACCGAGUCUUUGUACAUUAAAUUUGACCCGUUGGUAUCGAACACCAGCAUGCUUCCUCAAGGGAACGCUCAGCCAGUAAACGAGGAGCAAAACGGCAAGAACGAGUCGCCGCCUCCGAAUGUCGACACACCAAAACGUAAUCCUGCCAUAGCGGCCAUAGACAGGCUGCUUUUUUACAGUCCGCUUCCUAACGCAACGGUGCAGAAGCUGGAGGAAACUCAGGAGAAAAUUGAGCAAGAAGAAAGUCCGAAGUCCGACAUAAAUAUAAGUAAGGAGCUCGAACUCGUGAGAACGACGGUACUGCAACUGGAGGAGAAAUUGGAGAAACAGAAGAAGGAGCAUGCGGCAGAACUGGAAAGGCAGAAAGCGGCUUCCCAAGAGAAACUCAAUAAACUGCAGGCGCAACUAGCGCAAGAAGUAAAAACCAAAACACAGAUGACGGUGGUCGUCGAAGAGUACGAAAAAUCGAUCAGCAGAUUACUCACGGAGCGGGAGAGGGACCGUACGAACUUCGAGCAGGAGAAGGCAAAGUUGCAGGAGGAGCUGCAGGCCGCGAAUCACCAUCUCACCAACACGGAGGCAGCGUUCAAUGACGUGCACCAAAAGUACGAGAGGCUCAAAGGAGUUGUGUCGGUGUACAAAAAUAACGAAACCGUGCUAAAAGAGAGCAUUCAAGAAAAUGUAGAAACUAUAAAAACGUUAGAAGUACGGUACGACCAGCUGAAGGAGCAUGCAAUGGCUCAAUUAGAGAAAGCUAAUCUCGAGUUGGACGGGAUACGGAAGCAGAACGAGGCGGAAACGGUGAAGCUGCAUGCGAUGAUAAGGAAGGCCGAGCUCAAGGGCAACUCGCUCAACGAACUGGUGGAGCAGAAGACCAAGGAAAACAAGGAGCUCGCGAAAAUCCUCGACGAAGUUAUCGCUAGGGUCGGUCACGGGAACACGGAAUGAGAAUGUACAAUAAUACUUAAUUUUUUUUAAAUCUGUAUAGUAAUAAUUAAUUAAUGUUUUUUAAUUUUAUUUUAAUAAUUAUAUAUAAGUUAUGCGAUACAUUUUAUUAAUUAUUUCUAAGUUACGAGAUAUAUUAUUAGCUAUUUUAAGGCUAAUAAACUAUACUUGUAAGUUACGAGAUACAUUAACUAUUUUAAGGCUAAUAAACUAUACUCAUUAAAAAA